AUGAUUCCAAACGAUUAUGAAGAAAACUCCAGAAGGAGAACAAAUCAAGAUGACGAUAAUGAUGAUAUCGAUAAUGAUGAACCAAACAAUCAACAACAAAAUGAUGAUGAAGAAAACUUUGAAAAUGAGCCAAAAUAUGCUCAAUCAGGAAGAUCAACUCUAGGAGGGGAUUAUUAUGAUGAUGGUUACUCUCAAAAUAAUCAAGGUCUUUCAACUCCGAGUAUGAACAAUGUUUCUCCUUCAUCAAACACAUCUAUUUCUCCACCAUUUGGUCAAAGUUCUGAUGGUUUAGCUUCGUUUAGAUUGACAAAAUCUAGAAGAAGAAAAUCUACUAACCUUCCAAACAAGCCUCUCUUUUUCACAAGUGAUAGACAUCAAGUUUUUACUCCAGUACCUAGAGAAGUUAUAGAUUGGAGAAUGAAACAAAGAUUAAAAACUGUUCACGUUGCACUUGUUGUUUGUUUGAAUAUUGGAGUUGAUCCUCCAGAUGUUGUCAAGGUUCAACCUUGUGCAAAGUUGGAGUGUUGGGUUGAUCCUCAAACUCAUCCACAAAAGGCUUUGGAAGCUAUUGGUAGUAAUUUGAAAUUACAAUAUGAACGUUGGCAACCAAGAGCAAGAUAUAAGCAAUGUCUUGAUCCUACUGUUGAAGAUGUUAAAAAAACUUGUGUACAGUUAAGAAAAAGUGCUAAAAAGGAGAGAAUACUGUUCCAUUACAAUGGUCACGGUGUUCCAAAACCAACAACAAAUGGUGAAAUUUGGGUUUUCAAUAAGACCUUUACUCAGUAUAUUCCAUUGUCACUUUAUGAUCUGUAUUGUUGGAUGGAUUCUCCUUCAAUUUAUGUUUUUGAUUGCUCUAAUGCCGGAAUAAUUUUGAAUAGUUUUAUUCAAAUUAUUGAACAAAAAGAUGCUCCUCCAAGAGGAAGUGUCAUGAAGAAGGAAAAUAUUAUUUUAGCAGCUUGUGGAGUUAAAGAAAAUUUACCAAUGAAUCCUGAAUACCCAGCUGAUUUAUUCACAUCAUGUCUUACUACACCUAUCAAAAUUGCAUUGAGAUGGUUUAGACAACGUAAUAAGCUCGUUUCUGGAGUUACUGAUGACUUGAUAGAAAAUAUUCCAGGUAGAAUCAAUGACAGAAGAACACCUCUUGGUGAAUUGAAUUGGAUCUUUACUGCAGUUACUGAUACUAUUGCUUGGAAUGUUUUACCAAGAGAUUUAUUCCACAAACUUUUCAGACAAGAUCUUCUUGUUGCUAGUUUGUUUAGAAAUUUCUUGUUGGCUGAUAGAAUUAUGAGAUCAGCUAAUUGUACACCAGUAAGCUAUCCUAAAUUACCUGAAACACACAACCAUCCAAUGUGGGAUGCAUGGGAUUUGGCUCUUGACCAAUGUGUAUCACAACUUCCUAACUUAUUUAACAAUCCAAGUGCUGAAUAUCAAUAUAACCCAUUCUUCUCUGCACAACUUACAGAUUUCCAAGUUUGGUUGGAAUUUGGUCAUAGAAUUCAAAAACCACCAACACAACUCCCAAUCUUACUUCAAGUUUUACUCAGUCAAAGCCAUCGUUUGAGAGCUCUCACAUUAUUGGGAAGAUUUUUGGAUAUGGGAAGCUGGGCUGUAAACUUGGCUCUCUCUGUUGGUAUUUUCCCAUACGUUCUCAAACUUCUCCAAAGUAACUCUGUAGAACUUCGAAGAAUUUUAGUAUUUAUUUGGACUAAAAUUUUGGCACUCGACAAACCAUGCCAAAUUGAUCUUGUAAAGGAUCAUGGUCAUAGCUAUUUCAUCAAUGUACUAGUUGAAAGAAAUAAUGAUACUGAAUUGAGAGCAAUGUCUUGCUUUGUUUUAUCAGUUAUUGCAGAUAGAUUUAAUCCUGGCCAACAAGCAUGUCUCAAAUAUAAGAACUUGUUUGAUCUUUGCUCCUCUCAAUUGACUGAACAAGAUCCAAUUCUUAGAAAGUGGGCAUGUCUCUUGAUUGCAAAGCUCGUUGAAGAUUUUGAUGAAGGUCAAGAAUUGGCUAUCAAAUCUACUACUCAUGAAAAAGUUUUAAGACUUUUAAAUGAUGAUGUACCAGAAGUUAGAGCAGCAAGUAUUUUCACUCUUCAAAAGUUUGUUGGAAAUAAGCCAGAAAAAUCCGAAGAAAGAGUACAAGGAGAAAUCAAGAUUUGCACUGCUCUUUAUCAAACAAUUUUGGAUGGUUCUCCAAUGGUUAGAAAGGAGCUAGUUUAUGCUCUUGGUACAUUUAUUCAACAAUAUGGCGAAUUUAUUGCACCAGAACUUUUGAAAUCCAUAAUUAAGGAAGAAACUCACUACCUCAACAAUGCCCCAACACCAAUUUUGGUUUCUGGUUCAAACUCAUCAUCACCUAAUACUUUAAUAUUCCAACAAAAGAAGAAGAAAAAGAAGGAAAGAAAACCUGUUGAUGAAGUUACCACUCAACCUUCCACUCCAAAGGAUGCCCGAGUUCUCAAAGAUAUGAAGGAUAGAGAGCUUGGUCAACUUUCAUAUUUUGCUCUUGACGUUUGUAGAGUGGCUAUUAUGUUGUGUUUUGAUCCUGUUCGCGAAGUUGCCGAAGAAGCCCACAAGAUUCUGAGCUUUAUGAGGUAUACUUACUCAAAAUUGAACGAUGAAGAUUUCGAAAGAGAACUCUUCCUCAUCAAAGAAAAGGCAUUCAAUAAUACUCAAAAUACUCCAAAGAGUCCAGCCAAGCCAAUGCAAAAGAGAUUGAUUGACAAAUUAUCAAUGAGAAGAAGCGCUAGUGAUUCUGACUUUUUGAAAGCCGGAUUUGUUAAUCAACAAAGCAAUUAUUCUGAUGAAGAUACUGACUCUGACAGCUUGGAUGUCACCUCUUCUUCUAACAGUAAUAUGAUAUUCAUGAAAUCAAACUUUUAUGAAAGAAGUUGUGAAUAUUUUUCAAAUCCAAUUCUUACCGAGAAUUCACCAAAGGAUGACAGCUUUGUAUCCCAACAAGUUCUUAAGAGAAGAAAGAGAAACGAGCAUUUGGUUAAGGAAGCCAAUACAAUGCUCAAGGUUGCUGGUAAAAAGAAGUUGGAAGAACAAAUUGGUUUCUUUGGAAAUGAAAGUGAAAUUUGUUCUCAAAUGAAAUUCCAUGGAUUUGAACCAUAUUUAGUAGUUUCUGAUGAGAAUGAUGGUUUAAGUGUUUGGAAUUGGGUUAGAGGUGCUAUUGUGAAUCAAUUUAGAUGUGGUGACAUUCUCAAGAGUAGAAUUACAGAUUUCCAUAUCAUUAACGAAGAGGCAGAGCAAUCCAUGUUGUUGGUUGCAUCAGCAGCUGGUAAUGUUGCAAUCUAUAAGAAUUAUGAAAAGAAAGAAGAGCCAGUAUCUUCUUUCCGAGCUGCUCAUGAAGCCCUCAGCAGUGAUUCAGGUCUGGGAAUUUUAACAGAAUGGCAACAACACAAUGGUACACUUUAUGUCACUGGUGAUAUUGAAAAAGUCAAGAUUUGGGAUGUCGAUAAGGAAUAUUGUGUUCAAAAUAUUCCUCUGGAUGUUCCAGUUACGAGUAUUGCGGCUGAUCCAAAUAAUGGAUAUCUCUUUGCUGCUGGUUGUAGUGAUGGUAAAGUUCUCUUAUUCGACAAGAGAGAAUCACCAAAUAGUGGACCAGUACUUACUCACCAACUUAUUUCAAAUUAUGAAGAAGUCAGUAAGAAUUGGGUAGUAAGUGCCAAGAUUCAAAAUGUCAAUAGCAAUCAAGUUAUCACUGGUUAUUCUAGUGGUGAUAUCAUGUUCUGGGAUACUAGAGUUACUAACAAAUGCACAAGACAAUUCAACGCUCAUAAGGGAUCGAUGACAGCAUUAGCCAUCCAUAAUUAUGCUCCUGUAUUGGCUUGUGGUAGCAAUAACCAAUUCAUCAAAGUUUUCAACACAUCAGGUGAAACAUUAAGCAUGAUUUAUUAUCAUGACGGAUUUUUAGGUCAAAGAAUUGGUCCAAUUUCAUGUCUUGCAUUCCAUCCUUUCAGAAUGUGUUUAGCAGCUGGAUCAACCGAUUCUAUCAUCUCCCUCUAUUCUGGUGAUACUAAGAAAUAAUUGUACAAAUUUUGUAUAUAAAUUGAUUGUAUUAUUGU